CCGAAAACACGUCACUCGGAAGGUAUUUUCCCACGCUGCCCUCAAUACAACAAAGGUGUCUCCUCGUAUGUGACAUUAAUUUCACCGGUCACCAAUGAAAUUAAUGAUAGUCCAUCACGUGACCUGCAGUGUCGCGGCGUGCACAGCCGAGUUUUGCCGAGUUACUUCCUCACCUGUGUCAACCACUCGACUCGGAAUACAAGCGUCGUGCACCCGAAACGACACCGUUAUCUUGUUUUCAAAAUAAACUCGGAGGCUAUCGAGUUUGAACAGAGAAUCUCCAAAGGGUAUGCUGCACAACUAUGUGAGUAAAGUGGUCCCAUGAUGUAAAGCACAGCGGUUAUGGUUAAUAAUAAAUGAUGUAAUGAGAACAGAUAUGGCAGCAUGCAAGCCUUGGAGGAUGUGGACAUGUGUUCAGAUUUUCCUGUUUCUAGCCCUUUUUAUGACAAAGUGGCUGCCCUUAUUAAGCCAAGCACCUGAAAUAUCAUCUGAGAUUUCAUUCUUGAGACUUCUCAUUGGGAAAUUUCAAGAGGAGAAACUUCCGUUUGUCCUGACUAUCACGGCCACUGGAAGCCAGCCGUUGAACUACACUUGGGAGAAAGAUGGAACAGUGGUUUUCACAUCAUCCGGCCGUGGCGGGUACACAGUGAAUAAAGCUAAUGUGUCAGACUCCGGUGUGUACAGGUGCACAGUGUCAAAUGCUCUGGGAUCUGUGAGAAGCUUGCCCUUUUCCGUGGAAGUGAGAGAACUGGGUGAGUUUGAACAAACAUCAAGCCAGACAGUCAUUGUGGAAGAAAAGAAGUUCACAGUUCUUCGUUUGCAGAAAAUAUCUCAUUUGCCAGGAACAUUUUUUAGUGUUGCCUGGGAUCGCGAUGAUGUGACUGUCACUCAGGGCAGUUUCACUUUCUACCAGACCUUGGAUUAUGACCUAGCAGUGCUGGAUGUCCCGACCAACUUCAAUGGCAGCAGAUUCACGGCAACAGCCAACCAUGCCACAUUUGCCACCAUAAAGGAAAUGACUAGCCCAGCCUUCAUUUUGAAAGUCACAGCUUCUGGGAACGGAGCAACAUUUAUUGCCCCUGAAUUUGUUGUGAGUCCUAAAGACACAACUGCUGUUGCUGGGGAGACAGUUAGAUUGGAGUGUGUCAUCAAUGCCAAGCCUACGAACAACCUUCAGAUAGAUUGGUACAAAGAGACUAAUGGUUCCCGAUAUGCUGUUACAAAUGAUAGAAGGAUCAGCAUUACGACACUGGGUCGGAGGCUGGAAAUUACAUCAGUGAAUGCGACAGACUCUGGCCUGUACCUGUGUGAAGGCAGGCUCAAGGGUCAGAGUACGUUCAGUCCCGUGACUGCCCAAGCCAUCGUCACUGUCACAGAUCCUCCCAGUAUAACGUCUUCAUCACCCGUGGAAGUACUCAGAGAUUAUCAGGAAGCCUUUGCCUUUGAUUGUGAGGCUUUUGGUAGUCAACCCUUGCAAGUUGAUUGGUACUUUAAUGCUAAGAAGUUGGCUGAUGGAAAUGCUGCAAGGUACCAGAUUUAUCCUAAUGGGACACUGGAGAUUGCCAGCGUGGAUGUCCCCGACUCUGGUGUGUACCAGUGUUUCGCCAAGAACAGCGCUGGUGAAGCCAGUGCCUACACACGUCUCACUGUCAACAGUGCCGCCCCGACGAUAGAGGUGCCACCUCAGAACAAGAUCAUUGCUGAGCACGAAGACACAGCUUUUACCUGUGGUGUCAAAGGAGGCCCACGGCCGGUUGUGGUUUGGAGUAAAGAUGGCAAGAGUUUAGAAAUCGGUGGUCGGAUUCGUCUUGUAAAUGACCAGCUUUUGAUUGGCCGUGUGGAGAUGGCCGAUUCUGGUGUGUAUGUGUGCACAGGGUCCAACAUCAAGGGCACCGUUUCGGCAAACGCUACCCUCUCGGUCAUCGUCAAAACCCAGAUCUUCCGCCCUCCUCAAGACACCAGUAGCAUCCUGACCACAGACACCAGUUUGGACUGUGGCGUUCGAAGUGACCCCUCAGUGACCCCUUCCUGGCGAUGGUUCUUCUACCUGGAAGCAGUGUUUGGCAAGACAGAAAUCAACGGCACCAGUGGCAGGAAGCUCAUUGGCCCCGAUGGCUCGCUGACCAUCACAGAUCUCAAUUCGGGGGACAGCGGGAUCUACGAGUGUGUGGUCUCAUCUGCUGGGGGUGGGGACGCCAGGAAUGCCACGCUGAACGUCAUUGAUCGUCCAUCGCGGCCCGUGGUGACCAGCGUGAUGCUCUACGACCAACUGCUUAACAGCGUCCAGGUCUCGUGGAGCCUCAGUUUUGACGGGGGCACGCCAAUCACAGGGUUCACUGUACAGAUACGCAAGGAGUCCUUCUCUGGUUCAAGCAUUGAGAAUUCUUGGGAGAGUAUAAAAACUGUUGCUGAUCCCAGCGCGAGGUCUGCCAUUGUAGGGAAUCUGCAUCCGUCCUCCUACUACCGCUUCAGGGUGUAUGCAGACAACUUGGUGGGGCCCAGUGAAGCCAGCGAUGCCUUUCCAAAAGCUGAAGUAGAAGCUAUCAAAAUGCCUGCUCAGCCUCCGGGUGAGGCCCCCCGGAAUCUGUUCUGCCGACAAGGCAGCCAGCAGGAAAUUGUGGUGCAAUGGGAGCCACCGCCGGAGGCAUCAUGGAACGGAGACCCGCGGGGAUACUAUAUUUUCUACAAGGUUGCAGGAUUUGCUGAUGACACUGAAAAAGUGAAAACUCUUCUCGGCAAAGAUGCGAAAAAGACAACUUUGAACAACCUUGCCUACUACAAAAAAUAUCGCGUGAAGAUUGCAGCUUUUAACGAGAAAGGAGGAGGGGUGAACAGUUCUGCGUUCUAUGUGACCACAUUACAGGGUGUGCCCACAGUAGCCCCGGGGAAUGUGGUGGUCAGCUCGCCCAACUCUACCACCAUAAGACUUGAAUGGGACCCUCCCCCUCCAAGACUGAUCAAUGGUGUGAACCAGGGCUAUGUGAUAGAACUCAGCCAGGGCAUGUACACACGGGAGAUCUCCGUGCCGUUUGACGAACAGAAUCCCAAUGGAAGACAGGCGUUUGACAUCAUAAAUCUGCUGAAGUUUACAAUGUACGAGGUCACGAUAGCUUGUCGGACAGCGACGGGGCCUGGACCGUUCAGCGCACCCAGAUCCUUCCGCACCUUGGAAGACGUGCCUGGUCCAGUCCAGGAUCUUGUCAUUGACAACAUCCGAGAUCGUUCUCUCCGCAUCAACUGGAAACCGCCUCUGGAAAAAAAUGGCAAUCUUACAGGGUACAGGAUCAAGUACCAGGAGAAAGGCGUCCCCACUACCUUGAAGACAGAAGAGGCAGGUCCAGAGGUGGUUUCUCAGACCAUAUCAGAGCUGUCGUACCGCACCAACUAUAUCAUCUCUGUGGAGGCCAAGACGCGAGUGGGGCCGGGACCCCCCAGUGUCUCUGAGAUUGUCUCGGGGGUUCCCCCAGAACUGCCUGGUCCUCCCACUAGGCUAGCGGUCACCAACAUUGAAGCUCGGUCUGUCUUGCUUCAGUUUAUCCCGGGUUUUGAUGGCAAAACAAUCAUCACCUUAUGGAUUGUUCAGGCUCAAGUAAAUGACGACCCAGAGUGGACUCAUGUGUACAACAUUAGCGACCCUGAUGCUGACCAGAUCACGGUAUUGAACCUUCGGCCUUACACACGCUACCGCCUGCGUGUCAUUGCUCAAAACAUCGUGGACAAGAGUGAGCCCAGUGAGCCCUGCGACCGAUUUGAGACCAUGCAGGCAGCCCCAGGCAUGCCCCCUGACGAUGUGACACCCAGGGCCAUCAGUCCGACAGCCAUUCGCAUGCGCUGGAGGCAAAUCCCACGCACGGAAUGGAAUGGCAAAUUUCUGGGCUAUAAAAUCUAUUAUCGUCGCUGGAGUCUGGAUGUGGACAACUCAACAUCACCAUCAGAUGUGGCUCAGGUCCGGGAGGACCAGUGGACCGAGGUGGAGCUCCGCAAUGGCAGCAUGGUGCAGGAACACACCCUGACAGGGCUGCAGGAGUGGCUGGACUACCAGAUCUACAUGAUCUCCUACAACAAGGUGGGCAACAGCGCUCCCAGCGAGACUAUGUCAGAGAGGACCGAGGAAGAUGUGCCUAGUAAAAGUCCUUCAAACAUUGACUUGUUAGCAACAUCAUCCACCACCAUCUUGGUCAGCUGGGGUUCAGUGCCGGUCCUUGAGCAGAAUGGGAACAUCAUUGGCUAUAAGGUGAAGUACAAACCUCAAUGGUCUCCAGAUGUUGAGUUCAAGAAGGUGCAAGGAGCCUCAACCUUCAACGUGACCUUGACUGGCUUGCGUAAAUUCAUGGAUUACGACGUGCAAGUUCUGGCCUUCAGCCGUAUGGGAGAUGGAGUUCUCAGUGACAUUUACAGAGUGAAGACGGAAAGUGAUGUCCCCGGCCCUCCCACCAAUGUGUACUUCCCCGUGGUGACGGAGGACUCGGCCACCAUUGUAUGGGAGAAACCCACAGAGGAGAACGGCAUCAUCUUCAACUACAAGGUCACAUGGCGGAGGAAGGACCAGCAGGACUCCGCCUCGCAGACAGCUGUCAAGCAGAAGACGGAGUUUGAGCACUCGGUGACGGGGCUGGAGAGAGAAAAGUUCUAUGUUUUCUCCGUGUCGGCCCGGACGGAGGAAGAUGGGUUUGGGGAAGCGGCUGUGGCGGAAGUCUACACCACCUCCCUCAGAGAGCGGCCAGACACUCCCUUUAACCUGCGUAUUGACGAGAGCAAGGUAACGGCCAGAACCAUCACCCUGGAUUGGAUCCCGGGUAAGAACAACUUCAGUCCUGUGAGGAACUUCACCAUCCAGUAUAAAGAGAAAACAGGAUCCUGGACCGCUGUGGAGAGCCCUGUGAAGCCUCAGUCCACGCAAUACACCGUCACAGGGUUGAGGCCAAAUUCCUGGUACAAGUUCCGUGUUGCUGCAACAAAUGAUGUCGGCACAAGUGACUGGAGUGAUGAGUCUGCUGAAGUACCCACCAAACAAGAUGUUCCGGAUGGAGCCCCUGAGAAUGUGAAGAUUGUUGCUCUGACAAGAACUGACAUCAAGAUCACCUGGACGGCCCCUGAUGUAAGCCUCUGGAACAGCGAAAUCCUCAUGGGCUACCGCAUCCGGUACCGCCGAGAGCUGGACACCACAAACAGUGCCAACUGGCGCUACAAAUACGCGACAGGCCUGGAGGCGCAGGUGAUGUACCUUGUGGCGGGGGCCAGGUACUCCUGCAAUGUCCAGGCCUAUAACUAUCUCGGUGGAGGUCCGUGGAGUGUCAGUGCCUUCGGAUAUCUCGAGAUUGCCCCGACUGCGGCUCCGGUUCGUGUGACUGUCACAAGUCUAAGUUCCACGGACCUGGAGAUCACCUGGCAACCCCCGCCGAAGGACAACAUCAACGGAGUCUUGAUUGGAUACACGGUUCUGUACUGGAGUUCACCCACUGAUACGUGUGAGGAGAGGAGUCCGAACUCGCUGCUGGAAAGUGGGCUGAGUGUGCUGUUGGAGGAUCUCAACCCUUACACCAUCUACUGCAGCACUGUGCAGGCAGUCAAUCUGGCAGGAACUGGUCCCAAGAGUUCCCUGAUUGCCAGGCGCACUUUGGAAGAUCGUCCGGGUCCUCCGGCCAACUUGAGGUUCAGCAACAUCGGUCUGGAGGAGCUGGUGGUACAGUGGGACCCGCCAAUAGUGCCCAAUGGCCUCAUCAAAUCGUACGAACUACAGUACUACGUCACGGUGGAUGGGGAAACGGCCAAGGUGACGCGGACACUAAGUGGCAGCGAGACACAGCAGAAUGUGACAGACUUGGCAGAGGAGGAGAGGUACACGUUCACCCUGGCUGCCUUUACUGCUAUCGGGAAAGGGAAUGUGACACAAAAGAGUGUCCGCACCGGAUGGCAGCCUGGUUCCCCUGAUCCGCCUGGGCGGCCGACCGUCAUGCGUCAGUCGAAGAACCUGGUCAUCACGUGGGAGAAAAGAGGGCCAGGGAAGUCGCCAAUUACAGGCUAUCUGGUCCGUUCCAAAGAGAGAACAAGCAGACAAGCCAGGUCCACGGCCUCAAACAAGUGGCAGGAGUUGGUGAGAGUGAACAGUCCCGAGCCUUCUGCCACGGUGCACCUCAGCCUUCUCAAGCCUAAUGUGAGCUAUGCUUUCCGGGUCAGGGCCAUCAACUCAUAUGGAAUCAGCAACGCCAGCUUGGCGACAGACUUCUAUGAAACGCCCAGCUCUUUGAUUGUGAGGAAAUCGGCACCGUUCUACACACAGUGGUGGUUCCUCAUCAUUGUGGCCCUGAUUGGCAUCGUUCUCAUCCUACUGGUUAUCACAACUCUGUGUUACAUGGGCCAGAGACGCAACAAAGGCAAAGACCUGAAGCGAUCAACGACCAACACUACCAUGAUGUCCGUGACCCCAGAGCCAGAAGACGGUGGAUUCCCAUCUCUAGAGCUGCAACGUUCACGCAGAAGUCUGAACAGAAACGGCAGAGUACAGAACAAUAUAUAUGCCAGGUCACCGCCUCGCCCAAGCCCUGCGAGCGUGACCUACUCGGAAGACUUACCUCCUGUGGCUGGGGCCUCAGGGGGUGGGGCUGUUGGUGGUGCUGCGGCCAUCAAACCACCGAUGUCAGACGACGGGAGCUCUGUCCUGUCGGAGAAACCAUCCAACCUCGGUGACUCCUCUGAUGAAGUGUCGAGUGAUGAAAGUGAUGACAGCAGCAAUGAAUCCAUUGCCAAAGUGCCGGUCCCUGCCUCCCCGCCACCCCCAGCCUUCAGCAGCAAUUUUAGCAAGAGCCACAGCCACCACCACAACAACAGCAGCAGCGGCGCUGGCGCCAGCAGCAGCAGCAACAACAACAGCAGGCCUGGGAAUUCUUCCUGGAGGUUCCAGAGCCCCAAUAAUGCCUACACAUACACAGACAGUGAGGCGGAGAGCAGCCAUUAUGCCUUUAGCCUAAACAACGGCAACCUGGUCGUAAACAAUGUAGCAGGGGCAAGAACUCCUUUGUCAGGAUUUUCCUCUUUCGUAUGACGAGAGCUGUGACAGAUAUUUUCUCCGCUGUACAGUUCUUGUUUUAUGUGUUGUGAUGAAAAAGAAAUGAACAAAGUAUUCAUCUGGUCUAGAACAGAUCUCAGGAAAAAUUCUGUUAUGUCAUGGCAGAAACUGUGGAUUAGGAUUUCUUGGGGAGGAAACAACCCUCUUGUUGGAAGUGUUUUUUUUUUCAUCUACAGCAUUACACCGUGUAUUCCUUGUCGAUAUGGAACUUUUAUAUUUCUGUGAGUACAAGCCUAUGCAUAAACAUUCCAAUAAUCCAUGUACAGUUGAGCUGAUUACAUCAAAAAUUUUGAAAUAUAUCUCUCCAUAUGGUGUGUUCAGAGAUAUGAAGUUCACACCUCAGGAGAUUUGGACAUUAUGAGAUUUUAGUUUGUUGAAGUACAGUGCUGUGUUUGGGGGCCAGAUGCAGCUUUAGGAAGUGACCUUGUGAUGAAUUGUGGACUCUCAUUGGCCCAAGUCUGAAAAGUUCCACCGAUAAACUGCCCUCUGGUUUGGAAACAUUUAUUAACUUUGUCAACUUUUAGCAUUCAUGGUCUUUUAGUUUCUCUUGUUUUGCUGCUCUCGAUGUUGACUUUUGCUUUUAUUAUUGGUAGUUCCACCAUGGAAGUUUUAUACUUAAGAAAUUGUACACUGAUUAAUAAGAAACUGGAAGCCUAACUUUCUUGGAAAUUUGUUCUCUCUCUUGUGCUAUUCAGUAGCAGAUCUUUGACCUAUCCGCCUCUACAGAACAGGAAAAUAACUUUGGAUAGGAAAAAGAGACAGUUACUUUGUAUAAUUACUGAAAGUAAGCGUGAAAUCCUGUGCUUGAUCUUUGUUUGAUUAGGUGAAAUUGUCCAAGAUGGCCACCCAUUGUCGAGGAGAAAGGGGUUGUCUUAGACAGGUGGAUGUGUUGGACAGUGUCAUUCUAACAGAAAAAAAAAA